UAACAGAAACACGUCGGCCUCAAAUAAGAGAGUCGGAAACUUCUUCCAUUAAAUGGAUUUGAACCGCCUUAUUUUCCUUCCAUUAAAUCUUCGUCUCUUUCCCUUAUACUCCCCGUCCCUCUGCCGCCCCACCUUAAAUUUCAUUAUCUCAGACCGCCGGGGUUCUACUCUCGCCGGAAGAAUCGAAGGAGAUGAGUCAGAUGAUGCCGGAUACUCGUAUAUGAAUCGAUCGUUUUCUUUUAUCCAUUGUCGAUCAAUGCGCUAGGUUUGUGCCUCGAGGAACUUAUGGAUACGGGAAUAGCAAGGGAGGAACUAGGCCGAAUAGCCAGUAGUCGGCGGAGUUGGGCGUCGGUUAGCGUAGGAGAAGUAUGGCAGUCGCAGGCGGACGUGUUUACAAGAAGCGGAAGAAUGGAUGAUGAGGAAGAGUUGCGAUGGGCGGCGAUAGAGCGGCUUCCGACGUACGAUCGGAUGAGGAAGGGAAUGCUUCGGCAAGUUCUGGAGAAUGGAAGCGUGGUUCAUGAGGAAGUGGAUGUGACGGCGUUGGGAUUUCAGGAGAGGAAACGGCUGAUGGAAAGCGUGGUGAAGGUUGUGGAAGAAGAUAAUGAGAAGUUUCUGAGACGGAUCAGAGAGAGAAGCGAUAGAGUGGGGAUUGAAACACCCAAAAUUGAAGUUCGUUUCCAGAAUUUGUCAGUCGAAGGGGACGUUUACGUUGGAAGUAGAGCUCUGCCCACUGUGCUCAACGCUGCACUUAACACGCUCGAGAGCUUGCUUGGGUUGAUAGGGUUGGCUCCGUCCAAGAAGAGAAAAAUUCAUAUACUUAGAGGUCUCAAUGGAAUAAUCAAACCUUCAAGGAUGACAUUACUUCUGGGUCCUCCAAGCUCUGGGAAAACUACGCUGUUGUUGGCACUCUCUGGGAAACUCGAUCAUAAUUUGAAGGAAAGUGGAAAAGUGACAUAUUGCGGACAUGAACUACAUGAGUUUGUGCCUCAAAGAACCUGCGCCUAUAUCGGUCAACAUGACCUUCAUUGUGGAGAGAUGACAGUGAGAGAGACAUUAGAUUUCUCUGGUCGUUGCUUGGGCGUUGGCACAAGAUAUCAACUUUUGACUGAGCUAACAAGAAGAGAGAAAGAAGCAGGCAUUAAGCCAGACCCUGAGAUCGAUGCCUUCAUGAAGGCCAUCUCUGUUUCAGGCCAAAAAGCAAGUUUGGUUACAGAUUAUGUUCUCAAGAUACUUGGGUUGGAAGUUUGUGCUGAUAUUUUAGUGGGUGAUGAAAUGAGGAGGGGAAUCUCUGGUGGCCAGAAGAAACGGGUUACUACAGGGGAGAUGCUGGUUGGGCCAGCUAAGGCUUUGUUUAUGGAUGAAAUAUCAACAGGCUUAGACAGUUCCACCACAUUUCAGAUAUGCAAAUCCAUGAGGCAAAUGGUUCAUAUAAUGGAUGUAACGAUGGUCAUAUCUCUGCUACAACCAGCUCCUGAAACUUAUAAUCUAUUUGAUGAUAUCAUUCUGCUUUCAGAAGGUCAAAUCGUGUAUCAAGGUCCGAGAGAAAAAGUGCUUGAAUUCUUUGAAUUUAUGGGUUUUAGAUGCCCAGAAAGGAAAGGAGUUGCUGAUUUUUUACAAGAAGUGACAUCAAAAGGGGACCAAGAACAAUAUUGGUAUAAAAAAAACCAAUCAUAUAGAUUCAUUUCUGUUCCUGAUUUUUUGCAAGGAUUCAAGUCUUUUAGCAUUGGCCAACAGCUUGCCUCUGAUCUUGAUGUGCCUUAUGACAAAUCUAGAGCUCACCCAGCUGCAUUAGUCAUGGAGAAAUAUGGUUUAUCUAAGUGGGAGCUAUUCAGGGCGUGCUAUUCAAGAGAGGUACUGCUAAUGAAGAGAAAUGCUUUUAUCUAUGUGUUCAAGACGGUCCAGAUCACUAUCAUGUCCAUCAUUGCUAUGACUGUGUUUCUGAGGUCUGAAAUGCAAGUGGGCACUGUAACUGGUGGAGGCAAGUUCCUUGGAGCCUUGUUUUUCAGCCUCAUGAAUAUCAUGUUUAAUGGAAUGGCAGAAAUGGCUCUCACUCUCUUCAGGCUUCCAGUGUUCUUUAAACAGAGGGAUUUCUUGUUCUAUCCUGCCUGGGCAUUCAGUUUGCCUAUUUGGCUCCUCAGAAUUCCUCUAUCUCUCGCAGAAUCAGGGAUAUGGAUUCUUCUAACUUAUUACACAAUUGGGUUUGCUCCUGCUCCUAGUAGGUUCUUCAAGCAAUUUUUGGCCUUCUUUGCCACUCAUCAAGCAGCUCUAUCGCUAUUUAGACUUAUGGCUGCUAUUGGAAGAGCGCUAGUUAUUGCAAGUACUUUGGGCACCUUUGCUCUUUUAAUAGUUUUCUUGCUUGGAGGUUUCAUUAUUGACAGAGAGAACAUCGGGCCAUGGAUAAUUUGGGGCUUUUACAUUUCUCCCAUGAUGUAUGGACAAAAUGCCAUUGUCAUCAAUGAGUUCCUAGAUGAAAGAUGGAGCAAGAAAAAUACAGAUAAUAGAAUUAAUGAACCUACUGUUGGGAAAGUGCUCCUUGCAAGUAGGGGUUUCUUUAAGGAAGAAAAUUGGUACUGGAUUUGCAUUGCGGCACUUUUCGGCUUUAAUCUUCUCUUCAACAUUCUAUUUACAAUAGCUUUGACUUACUUGAAUCCGCUUGCCGAUGCAAAGGCUCUCAUUUGCAUGGAUGAAGACAAGAAGAAAAGAAAAAAUAAUAGGUCCAAUGCACAAGAAAUAGUAGCUGAUUUAGAUCCAUUGCAAAGGGGAGGAAUGGUUUUGCCUUUCCAGCCACUUUCACUUGCAUUCAACCAUGUUAACUAUUAUGUGGAUAUGCCUACUGAAAUGAAGAUGCACGGGAUUGAGAAAGAUCGUCUUCAACUGUUAGACGAUGUCAGCGGAGCUUUUCGACCAGGGGUAUUAACAGCUCUUGUGGGUGUUAGUGGUGCUGGGAAAACUACACUCAUGGAUGUACUAGCUGGAAGAAAGACCAGCGGUUAUAUUGAAGGAAGUAUAUGCAUCUCUGGUUACCCAAAGAAGCAAUCAACCUUUGCUCGAGUAAGUGGUUAUUGUGAACAAACUGACAUUCAUUCGCCUCACGUUACGGUCUACGAGUCUCUCCUCUUUUCUGCUUGGCUCCGCCUUUCCUCCAAUGUCGAUACCGAAACAAGAAGGAUGUUUGUGGAAGAAGUUAUGGAACUAAUAGAAUUAGAUGCAUUGAGAAAUGCUUUAGUGGGGCUUCCAGGAGUAGAUGGUCUUUCAACCGAACAAAGGAAAAGAUUGACAAUAGCAGUGGAGUUGAUUGCUAAUCCAUCAAUCAUCUUCAUGGACGAACCAACUUCUGGUCUUGAUGCUAGAUCUGCUGCCAUUGUUAUGCGUACCGUGCGAAAUACAGUUGAUACUGGGCGAACCGUUGUAUGCACAAUUCACCAGCCAAGCAUAGACAUUUUUGAAGCUUUUGAUGAGCUACUGCUCUUGAAACAUGGUGGACAAAUGAUCUAUGCCGGACCACUUGGUCAGCGAUCUUGCAAACUCAUUGAAUAUUUUGAGGCUAUUCCAGGGAUUCCAAAGAUUGAAGAUGGUCAGAAUCCAGCUACAUGGAUGCUUGAGGUUACUGCUCCUCAAAUUGAGGCUCAACUUAAUAUUAAUCUUGCUGAGACUUUUGCUAAAUCUCCAGCUUAUCAGAGGAACCAAGAACUUAUACUGGAGCUUAGUACCCCAGCUUCAGGGUCCAAAGACCUAAACUUCCCAACCGAAUACUCACAAUCGUUUUUCUCUCAAUGCAAAGCUUGUUUCUGGAAACAACAUCGCUCGUAUUGGCGACAUCCUCAAUACAAUGCCAUACGCUUCUUCAUUACAAUAGUUAUUGGUAUCUUAUUUGGUCUAAUUUUCUGGGACAAGGGACAAAAAUUAGCCAAAGAACAAGAUGUGUUAAAUGUUAUGGGUGCUAUAUAUUCUGCUGUCAUCUUCCUUGGAGCUACCAAUGCUUCAUCUGUGCAGUCCGUGGUUGCUAUCGAAAGAACGGUUUUCUAUCGAGAAAGAGCUGCCGGGAUGUAUUCUGCUUUGCCGUAUGCAUUUGCUCAGGUGGCAAUUGAGACUGUUUAUGUUUCUGUUCAAUCUUUAAUUUAUUGUGUCAUUAUUUAUAGUAUGAUUGGAUUUGAAUGGAAAGUGGGGAAGUUCUUGCUGUUCUGCUACUUGGUUCUUAUGUGUUUUACAUACUUCACACUGUAUGGGAUGAUGGUUGUAGCCGUGACUCCAGGCCACCACAUUGCAGCCGUGGUCAUGUCCUUCUUUCUUGGCUUUUGGAAUUUGUUCACUGGUUUUCUUAUUCCUCGACCGGCAAUCCCCAUAUGGUGGAGGUGGUAUUACUGGGCUAAUCCUGUGGCUUGGACAAUUUAUGGCAUUGUAGCUUCUCAAGUUGGUGACAAAGAUAUUCCUGUUCAGAUACCCGGAUUUGGAAAUGUAGGACUAAAGAUGUUCCUUAAGCAAGGUUUCGGGUACGACCACGACUUCAUCCCUGUCGUGGUCAUAGCACAUGUCGUCUGGGUUCUCGUCUUCUUCUUCGUGUUUGCCUAUGGAAUCAAAUUCUUCAACUUCCAGAAGAGAUAGCCAAUCCUGUCAGUGUCCUCUGCACUCUCAUGUCAAAUUUCUUACUUCAUUACCUUCAUACUAUACCCUUUUGUACCACAGAAAUCAAUUACUUUAGAGCAAUAAAUGAGGAAACCAAAUGGUAGUACCCCCUUUGCUUGCUCA